AUGUCCAACCCAACACUGACCCCACCAAUCCCGCCCGAAGAGCGCCUCGCCCUCGAACAACGCGACCGCUACAACCGCAUCGUCCGCAACCUCGCCAUCGGCGGCGCAAUCGCAUGCCCCAUAAUAAUCCUCCUGCCCCCUCGAAAACUCGACCUCUACACAUUCUCCCUCGGCGUCGGCUUCUACCUCUCCGCAGACCACCUUUUCACCCUGCGCACCGGGCGCGGACUCGUGCAGCAAUUCGCGCCCAAGACAGACGCAAUGCCGACGGAGAAGGCAAGGGAAAUGCAGCGGGUGAUUAGAGAGGAGAGGGAGAAGGGUCGGCGGGGGUUGUGGGAGGACGAGAAGGGGCUGUUGGGGAAGAUUUGGAUGGGGGAGGAGAAGGAAGGGUGGAAGGAGAGGCGGUUGGAGGAGGAGAGGAGGGCGCUGGAGGAGGGGAAGGGAUAUUGGGAUAUGAUUUUCGAGCAGAUUUGGGAGGUGUGGAAUUGGGAUAAGAAAGGUGGGGAUGGGGGGAAGAAAGAGUAG